GAGAGAGAAGGUCAAGAAUUAAACAUGGCAGCCCGCAGCAUGUUGAGGUCUGUGUGGACCUCGCUUGAAGGUUUAAAAUUAGGAGCCUCGGGUACCAACGUGAGGGUUCAACAGUGGAUAAAUGUCCCCCAGCUACCGGCAACAAGCAUUCAGAGCCGAGGGAUCCGCAUAGAUUGAGGGUCAAAUACUGGACGUUCCAGCAGGACCACAGCCUCCAAACCCCGCAGCCAAGUGUCCUAUCUACAGAUGGAACCUGCAGCAUAAAUACAACUACACGGAUGUCUUGUUGCUCCGACAGUUCAUCAGGUCAGAUGGAGGGAUGUUACCCAAGAGAAUCACUGGUCUCUGUCCAGAGGAGCAUAAUAAGAUCGCCGCCUGUGUGCAGAUGGCCCACAGAGCAGGCCUGCUGCCUGACCACAGACCCAAACUUCCAGAGGGCCAUGUCCCAAAGAAGCCCAAAGCACAGCUUAACAGAUACCUGACCCGUUGGUCCAUUGACUCGGUGAAACCCAUCUAUAAAACUGGAUUGAAGUGGUGUAAGAAACGCAUGGCUGUCGGCCACCCAGCACUCAAGGACAAUGUGCGUUAUGGUGUCAAGCCCCUUUACUUAAAACACUGAAGGACAGAAAGCGUGACGAAUCUGUACAACAACUGGACGAGAGUGGGUGGGCCCUUUUAUGCAAGGGCACAGUUCCAAGUGCAUUGACUUCAUAUUUCCAUGGGAAAAGGCCUAAAAGCUUCAUCCAUCUGUAUUUAUACUACCUUUUGUUUAUUAAGCUGCGUCACGCUUUUAAUGAAUCAUGCUCAGCCCCACCCAGAACCAUCUAUUCUGUCUCUGUUGGUUUUUAAAAAGCCCUUGAAGUGAACUCUCUUGACAACUUAAUGUGAGUAUCAACUGGGUUAAUGCUGCAGUUGCAAAGUAGGUGGUGUGUGGACUUUGUAUACGUAAGGCAACACAGAUGUGCAAAUAAAAUGCUCUCAACACGUGUUUACUG